UGUACAUCCUCCCGUACACGUUUUGUGCAGUCUGCCAGAUUAUAUUGACCGUGCUGCCGUCUGUCUGCUGCUCGGGCACUAAUCCGCCACUCGCGCCCGGUGAAUGUGUACGUAGUGGUGAGAGGGAUAAGCACACCGAAUAACCGUCGAUUGUCAAAUGGUUCCGAUGUUUGAUGCGCGGUCCAUCUCCGAGGACCGAGAGCUCGCAGUUGCCAGCUGUUCGCGGGUGAGGAUCAAACACUGCGCCAAGACGGUUUCGCGAGCACAUCAUUUGGACCGAUGUGCGCAACGGGGUGAUUUUUUGCACCCACAGCUUCCGGUUUGGCGUGAUCCUUUUUUUUUGUUGGUGUGUUCGUGUGUGAGUCGUCGAGUGUGCAUGAGUGGAGUGUUUGGUGAUCGUUCCUAGUUUCUUACUACGAACCAAGAACCAUGGGCACGGAACUGGAGGAUAUUGUCGAGCACAUGAGGCGAUUCGCCUGGCCGGAUUAUCUCGUGUUCGUGUCGAUGCUACUCCUGUGCAUACUGAUAGGAGUGUACUUCGGCUUCGUACAACGGAAACCGAACACCGAGUCCGAAUAUCUGAUGGGAGGUCGAACGAUGCUGGUGUUUCCGAUUGCCCUAUCCCUGAUCGCUAGCUUCAUCUCCGGCAUUACCUUGCUCGGUCUACCGACAGAAGUGUACUCCUUCGGUAUUCAGUACGUGUAUGUGGCGCUUGGAGUGACGCUGAUGGGCUUUGUGAUGGGUUUUAUCUAUCUGCCCGUAUUUCACAAGCUUAACAUCACAUCAACCUACGAGUAUCUGGAGACACGGUUUGAUCGUCGAUUACGAAUGUUUGGUUCGAUUAUGUUUACCAUUAUGAAUAUCGGUUAUCUUCCUAUCGUUAUUUAUGUACCGGCGUUAGCUUUUAAUCAAGUUACUGGAGUAAAUAUUCACGUUAUCACACCCAUCGUUUGUAUUGUCUGCGUGUUCUACACCUGUGUGGGAGGCCUAAAAGCCGUCGUGUGGACCGAUGUGGUGCAAACAUUUUCCAUGUUCGGUGCACUGGUUUUGGUAGCCAUCAAGGGUACGAUCGAUUUGGGCGGAUCGGAUGUCGUGUUUCGAAGUGCAUGGAACACCGGACGAUUAGAGCGGCCUAACUUUGAUAUUAAUCCAACCACACGGCACACGUUCUGGUCACAGCUGAUCGGUGGAUUCGUGUACUGGCUACAAACGAAUGCCGUCAGCCAGAAUAUGAUUCAACGAUAUUUAUCACUUCCGUCGGUUGCCGCCGGGCGACGCGCUUUAUGGAUCUUCGUAUUCGGCGUGUGUCUGCUUAUGUCACUGUGCAGCUACUGUGGACUACUGAUUUACGCCACAUACCAAAACUGUGAUCCUCUUACGACUAAGCUCGCCCGAGCAAAGGAUCAGUUGUUGCCUCUAUUUGUGAUGGACAUUUUGCGGGAUCUUCCCGGUCUGUCCGGGCUGUUCGUUGCCGGAGUGUUCAGUGCAGCACUCAGCUCUCUUUCCACCUGUCUCAACUCCAUGUCGGCCGUCAUUUUGGAAGAUUUUGUCAAACCAUUCGUACACAAACCACUGUCCCAACGGACAGUAAACUGGAUUAUGCGCUCGGUCGUCGUGGGUGUUGGUGCGCUCUGCGCCGCGCUCGUGUUUGUCGUCGAAAAGAUGGGCACGGUAUUGCAGCUGACGAUGAGCCUGGAAGCGAUCACCAAUGGACCACUGCUGGGAACGUUUACUAUCGGUAUUCUUAUCCCGUGGGUCGAAUCCAGGAGCGCUCUUACAGGUGGCAUUUUCGGGGUAAUAUUCAUGUCCUGGUUGAGCUUGAAGGCACAGUAUUGGGUGGCAACUGGUACGAUAGUGUUCCCGCACAAACCAAUGUCAGUCGACGGUUGUACGUACGAUUUCGACCGUUCUUUGAUAAACGCCACCAGUACGAGCGUUUACACAACUGACGAUAUUUUCCCACUAUUUCGUGUGUCGUACAUGUGGUAUACAUUCCUCGGGGCGGCUGUUACCAUUCUGGUUUCGUUGCUUUGCUCUGUACUGAUCUUUGGACGUAACGAUCCAAAAACGGUUUCACCCGAUCUGAUGGCUGGCUUUGUGCGUCGCUACAUCCACGGUCCAGACACCGCGCUGAACGAUCGAGGUGCAUCAAACGCGUAUGGUAAAAAUGGCAAAACGUUACACGAAUCUGCAUUGUAAAACACAUUCAUACAGGAUGAAGGGAACGGUCAUUUGAAGUCAUGUGGUAAGUUGUUCUUUAGCGAACGUUAGUAAGUAUUUACUGUAAGAUAAAGUGUUUGGCAGUGCCGCUACGCAAAACGGACUAGCAUAAUGUAACGUAUAUGAAAUAAAAUCUUGUACCGAAACAGUAAAA